GCUUAAUUGAUUUAUUCACCAAUGGUCAAAUCAAGGACUUAAAAGAUUAUGUGCUUGGGGUAGAAGUUGGUUUAGACACCCACAGCCGAAAAAAUCGUGGCGGAUUAUUGAUGGAAAAUGGCGUAGAAAAAUUAUUAAUCGAUUACCAAGUAGAAUACAAGAAACAAGUUACUUUCGCCCUUAGCA